AUGGUCAUCUGUCGAUCAGGACAGACAGGACAUUAUCUAUAUAUUACUCUGUUUCUUGUUUUCUUUGUACAUCGAGCGCUUUAUUGUCUAGUUACUUUAUUCUUUCUUUCUUGUCUCUUUUGCGUUUUCUUCUUUCUUUCUUUCUUUCUUUCGUUCUUUCUUUCUUUCUUUCUUAGACUCUAUCUUCGAACCACACACGUACACACUUCUUUCUUUCUUUCUUUCGUUCUUUCUUUCUUUCUAGUUGUCUCUUAUGGACUCUAUCUUCGAACCACACACGUACACACUUCUCUCUUUCUUUCUUUCUUUCUUUCUUUCUUUCUUUCUUUCUUUCUUUCUUUCUUUCUUUCCAGCUUUGUUCUUUGCUUCCUUUCCUCUCUUUCUUUUUUUAUUAUUCUUCCGUCUUUCUUUCUUUCUUUCUUUCUUUCUUUCUUUCUUUCUAUUCUGUCGUCUUUCUUUCUUUUUCUUUCUAAUUAUCUCUUUUGGGUUUUGUUCUAUGCUUACUUUCUUGCUUUUGCUUUUUUUUUCUAUUCCAUUUUCUUUCAUUUUUUUCAUCUUUUUUUUUAUCAUUUUUUCUUUUCUUUUCUUUCUUUCUUUCUUUCUUUCUUUCUUUCUUUCUUUCUAAUUGUUUCUUUCGGGUUUUGUUUUUGUUACCUUUCUUUUCUUUUUUUCUUUUUUCUUUCGUCUUCUUUCUUUAUUAUUUUUCUUCCAUCUUUCUUUCUUUCUUUCUUUCUUUCUUUCUUUCUAAUUGUCUCUUUCAAGCUUUGUUCUUUUCUUCCUUUCUUUUCUUUUUCCUUUUUCUUUCAUCUUCUCUCUUUCUUUUUUAUUUUUCUUCCGUCUUUCUUUCUUUCUUUUUUCUUUCUUUCUUUUCUUUAUUCAAACCUCACUCUAUUUCAUUUUUGUUUUCAGAUUCUCUCCUCUUGCUUCCUUUCUUUCUUUUUCUUUCUAAUUGUCUCUUUCGGGCUUUGUUCUUUGCUUCUUUUCUUUUUUUCUUUCGUAUUUCUUUCUUUCUUUCCUUUCUUUCUUUGCUUUCUUUCUUUCUUAGCUUUAUUCAAACAUUAA